GAUUUCUCGUCCCGCUCAAAUUAUAAACCUAGCCUCCGCCGUUCUCUGAGCGUCAAAAGUCGCCAACCACUAACCUCAGCUCAAAAUGUCUCUCACACAGCACCUCUCCACUCCAAUCUCUUCGUCCUCUUCUGCUUUCGUGGCCCAUUCCAACUUCAAUUCGAGAACUAAGAAUGUUUCGCUUCCGGCGAAAAGAUUCAGCAUUUGCAAGUGCAUUGCGGCGCCUCAGGAAGCUCAGACUGCUUACAAGACAACGGUCUCUCGCAAUGCAAACAUGGCAAAACUUCAAGCAGGUUACCUUUUUCCAGAGAUUUCCAGAAGGAGGGCUGCACAUCUGCUGAAGUACCCUGAUGCACAAGUUAUAAGCCUUGGAAUUGGUGACACUACUGAGCCUAUUCCAGAAGUUAUAACUUCUGCAAUGGAAAAGAGAUCACGUGCAUUGUCAACACUUGAGGGUUACAGUGGUUAUGGAGCUGAGCAGGGUGAGAAGGCUUUGAGAGCUGCAAUUGCUUCAACAUUUUAUAGAAACCUUGGUAUAGAGGAAGAUGAUAUAUUUGUUUCAGAUGGUGCAAAAUGUGAUUUAUCCCGCCUUCAGGUUGUUUUUGGGGCUGAUGUUACAAUAGCAGUGCAAGACCCAUCAUACCCGGUUUAUGUAGACUCAGGUGUUAUAAUGGGCCAGACUGGACAGUUUCAGAAGGAUGACCAAAAGUUUGUGGGCAUUGAAUAUAUGAAGUGUACUCCAGAGAAUGGUUUCUUUCCUGAUUUAUCGAGUGUUUCUCGAACGGAUAUCAUAUUUUUCUGUUCACCAAACAAUCCUACUGGUGCUGCUGCAACCAGGGAGCAACUGACACAGCUGGUAAACUUUGCUAAGGACAAUGGGUCAAUCAUAGUCUAUGAUUCUGCAUACGCCAUGUAUGCGUCCAAGGACCUCCCCCAUUCCAUCUUUGAAAUUCCUGGAGCUAAAGAGGUUGCAAUUGAGACAUCAUCAUUUAGCAAGUAUGCUGGGUUCACUGGAGUUCGUCUGGGUUGGACCGCUGUUCCAAAGCAGCUGCUAUUUUCCGAUGGAUUUCCUGUAGCCAAGGACUUCAACCGCAUUGUUUGUACUUGCUUCAAUGGUGCAUCCAACAUUGCCCAAGCUGGUGGUCUAGCUUGCCUUUCACCAGAAGGCCUUAAGGCAAUGCAUGAAGUGAUCGAUUUCUAUAAGGAAAAUACUAACAUAAUAGUAGAGACAUUUAAUUCACUUGGGUUCAAUGUGUAUGGAGGGAAGAAUGCACCAUAUGUGUGGGUCCACUUUCCGGGCCGCAGUUCUUGGGAUGUAUUCAGUGAGAUUCUGGAGAAAACUCAUGUGGUUACUACCCCUGGCAGUGGUUUUGGACCUGCUGGCGAAGGGUUCAUCAGGGUUAGCGCCUUUGGUCACAGGAGCAAUGUUUUAGAAGCUUGUAAAAGAUUCAAGCAGCUAUACAAGUAAACCAGAGAUCCAACUGCUUUCAGCUAUCUCUGUUUGGAGCAGAGAUGCCUGCAUUCUUCCAUUUGUUUUCACAAUCAUUUCAUCAGUUGUAGAAAUAGAGUUUGCUUUUGAUCUAGAUUUCAUUUGAUCAUGUUAAAUUGAAAGCAAAGGAUGUAAUAAUUUGGAGUCUCCUAGAGAUAUCCAAGAAUAGUGCAUUUCCAACAAUAAGCAAUCUUUAUGAUUAAAUGGGAUUUGGCUUAGGCAGGAGAUUUUCUGUAGGUUUUUUUGAUGGUCCUGGCUCACAGUAGAAAUUUUUGGCAUGCAUUGUUGUCUGAGAUUUGGGGUUUUAAUUUAUUCCCAGAAUCUGAACACAUUUUUAUGCUUUUAUAUUUUUCUCCUUCGAUU